AUGACGAUGCUCGACGGCGUACAAACAUCCAACCCACGCGGCACGGUGCUGAUCAGCGGCGGCGGCAGCGGUGGGCACGUCUUCCCCGGCUUGGCGGUGGCGGCGGAGCUCGAGAGCCGUGGCUGGGCGGUGAGCUGGGCCGGUGCGCGGGGCGGGAUGGAAGACCGCCUGGUAACCGAACGCGGGGUGGACUUCCACGCUUUGGCGGCGCGGCCGGUGGUGGGCCGCAAUGCGCUCGGCAAGGUGCGGGCAAUGGUCGUCCUGCUGCGUUCGGCUCUGACGGCGCGUUCGUUGGUGCGUCGGCUCGGCGCCCGGUUGGUGGUCGGCACGGGUGGCUACGUGUCCGUGCCAGCGGUUCUGGGUGGCCGGCUGGCGACCCGUCCGGCGCUGCUGGUCGAACCCAACGCCGAGCCCGGUCUGGCCAAUCGCUGGCUGUCGCGCUUGGCCUCUGCAGCGGCAGUGGCUUAUCCCUCGACCGCCGAGCAUCUACGUUGCCCGGCCGAGGUCUGUGGCGUGCCGGUGCGAGCCAGCUUCUUCGAGGUCGCCGAGGAGCUGCCCGAAGGACCGCCUCGGUUGCUGGUGCUCGGCGGCAGUCAGGGUGCGCAGCAACUCAACGAGCUGGUGCCGGCUGCGGUGGCGGCCCUUGCGCAACGGGGCGUAGAGCUCACUGUCCUGCACCAGGCCGGCCGUGGCAAGGAUGCAGCGACGCUCGAGGCCUAUCGUCAGCACGGCAUCGAAGACCGGGUCGAGGUCGAGGCCUUUCUAGACGAUGUCGCCGGAGCCAUGGCAGCGAGUCAUCUGGUGAUCUCACGGGCCGGGGCGAUCACCUUAGCGGAGAUCUGCGCCGCCGGCCGGCCAGCUGUGCUGGUGCCGUUGGCGAUCGCCGCUGGAGGUCAUCAGGUCGCCAAUGCGGAGCGCUUGCAAGCAGCGGGCGCGGCCUUGGCGCUGGGGCCGGCGACAGCGACGGCGGAGCACCUGACCGAGCAGCUCGCGGACUUGCUCGGGGACUCUUCGCGGCUGCGCCAAAUGGCUUUGGCAGCCCGCUCGCUAGGUCGUGCUGACGCCGCUCAGCGAAUUGCCGACCAGGCCGAGAAGCUGGGGGGAGCCGACUGA